AAACGAGAAAACCUCCUUGCUAAUUACAGUUAGCCAGAACCUGCUUGAAGUAACCCACCCCUCUUUUCCUUCUAGGAACGAGUUAUUUAUAGAACAGUAAGGUUCUGGAGUUGGGCUUGCCUGUUGAUUAGAAUCUAUCAACUUGUCAAGAACGUCUCUUAAUUACUAAAGAAAACCUGGGGGCUAUCGAGCCACAACCGCACAGCAUGACCAACCAACCUCCAGACGAGCAUGCGGUUUACCGCGCGUUGUUUGGAAUCUUCACGGGGGCCAAUUCGAGCAUCCGAAAACCAAAGGCCAUCCGCAAGCUCAUUGAGCAACAUGGGAAUGAUGAGGCCAUUUCUGCCCUCCUCCAGGCGCACAGCCUCGACGACUUGUGUACGGUCGCAAAGAAAUUUCUGGACGAGGACUUGUUCGCCCCCAAUAAGAUGACUGCUACGAGUCGAUUUUUCUCAGCCCGGAUGGAAGCUUUGGAACAACAAAGGCGCGCGACUACAGCCUCGGACGACUUGUGCGGGAGGUGCAAGCGGAUCGACUUUGCCAAGAUCUUCGCCGCCAAGCCGGCUUCCAGAGAUGGUAGCCUGGUCGCCCACCUGGGGAAGGAAACGGCCAAAUGGGGACUGUCAUCAUGCCCAUUGUGUCGGCUAUUUGCAGCCGUCAGAACACCACAUCCGCAUGUUGACCCGCGGUACUCAUCGGGACCACCCAAGGACGACAGCUACUGCCUGUGGGGUUUCCCCGCUUGCACGCUGUUCGAUGUCUACGGCGCGCUCCCCAUUGAGCUGCCCAAUAUCGUCGACAACGUGGUGCUCGGCGUGUUUCUCGAAAGGGACGCUGCCGCCGGCAAGCUCCGGGACGUGAUAUCGCAGAACAAUCCGGAUUUCAUCUGCGAUGCCUCGGACCGGGAUCCAGGGCAUCUCCGGGCCAUCAACGGUCGCGUCGUCGACGCCCGGCGGAUCGAUCUCGGCAUCCUCCGGGAAUGGCUGCAGUAUUGCCAGGAUGAGCACGAUACAACAUCGCUCUGCAGGGUCCGGGGUUCCACAGAUGACAUCCCCUUGUUCAAGGUCAUCGAUUGUGAGACUAGACGCGUUGUGGAGCCGCCAGAGCGAUGCAGGUUCUCGGCCCUCAGCUACGUCUGGGGCGUAGCAAACGACCCUCCAAAUGUCGUCGACCAAGGAGGGAGCUUCAGGCACGGAACUCUCCCUGCCGUUGUCGAGGACGCCAUCGCAGUCACGGCGGAAGCAGGUCUGCGCUACCUUUGGGUCGAUAAGUACUGCAUCGCACAGGACGAUCGCGAGAUAAAGCACGCACAGUUCCGAUCCAUGGCCAGGGUGUACAGCGCGGCCCAGUUCACCGUCUUCGCUACCGCCGGCGACGAUUCGGCUGCCGGACUACCCGGAAUCGGUUCCGGCCGGACUCGAGAAGUGACGCCGCCCGUGAUAGUCGGCGACCUGACCCUGACAAGGGUCUCACUGACUCGUGACCACUUCAGAAUGAAAAUCACCCGCUCCAAGUGGUUCGAGAGGGCCUGGACAUAUCAGGAAGCCAUCUUCUCCCGCCGCCGCGUCUUCUUCACCGACCACGGCAUGUACUUUGAAUGCAGUGGCAUGUGGUGUUCCGAGCAUCUCAACGAGGCGCCCCCCAUCCGAGCCCUCCGGAACGCGCCCAACCCGUCGUUCCCGCAAGCCCAUGUCUUACUGACGGAGUCAAAGCUGCUGGAUUGCAUCCAGGACUACAGCCGACGCAAGCUCACGUUCGAAGAGGACAAAUUGAACGCCUUUCUCGGCGUUCUGCAGUGUUUCGAGGACCUCCCAGAUCCGAUCCGCCACUACCAGGGAGUCCCCAUAUUAGCCUCGCCGACGACGACUACCGGAGGGGACCAAGCCCCCCGUCUCGGUCGGCGGAGCUGCAAGGAUGGGUUUCUCCACGGGCUCUGCUGGGACAUCAACCUACCAGGCACCCGACGCGCUGGGUUUCCCAGCUGGUCCUGGACCGGUUGGCAGUUCUCGGUGCAAUACUCGCCCAGCCUUCUCAAGCAGGCCGAGGACAUCCGAUCCGACGCCUCCGAGAGCGAUAUAGGACUCUGGGCCGAGCUCGAGGGCGGCUGGGUGGUGCCGUGGCCUUCGCACGCGGGCUUCACCGACAUACUACAUGUCAAAGCCCCAUCUGCGCUGUCUCGCUUCGUCCACAUCGACGCCUGGACCGUGGAUCUGCGGUUCGAGGACUCGGGCAUCGCGUGGGGCCACAGUCGAGACCGUCCCGCGACGCUCAGGGACAACGACACGCACGAGCCGUACUUCACCCUGUUCCCGGGGACGAGGUCGUAUCCGGGCCUAUAUGGUGACUACUUCUGGACCAUCGACGUCGGCCCCUCGGCGCAGAACCCCGCCGGCGGCAAGGCGUACGUCCCGCUCUGCCUGACGAGAGACGUCCGGGAGUUCCCCGGCCUGGCGGAACGCCUGCUCGGCGAGACGUGGACGGGGAUCAUCCUACCGCCAACGGGCCCGGAUGCGGCGCCGCACCGCAUCACCAUCCUCGUCGUCGACUCUGACGGGGACGCGACGGCGGAGCGGGUGGGCAUCGUCGAGUUGCGGGCGUCUGCGGCGCGGUGGAGGGGCAGGAAGGCCGCAAACCCGAUCACGCUGGCGCAGAGGGGCGUCGAGGCGGACGCGCUGGCGGAGGUUGGGGCCAAGGUUGGGACGGGCGCCAAUCGGGAGCUGAAGAUGAGGUGGCUGGAUCAGAGCACGGGGAUGACGGAGGAGGAGAGGCAGAGGGGCACCGGGUCGUGGGACGACGUGCUGGCCGCGUUUGCUCGUGGGGUGCCUAGGACGAGGCGGCGGAUUCGGCUGGGUUGAAAACGGGGUUUGGGAAGCAGUGUAAAUUAAGUGACUGUGGCCCCUGAGCAAAAGUGAACUAAUUGGGCCGCUGUCAAUUGCAGGAUCCAUAACCCUGUUACUCCCUAAGGUUCUCCACUGAGGAAUCGACGCCGUUCUCCUACCGAAGCCGUCCCAAUAUCGACAACGGAG